AGUGAUUAUGUAACUCUGUGGGCUUAGCCUUUAAAAAGGAUGCACGGGGUGGAGUCAUCAUUAGUUACCCCACCAGUUAAAGCUUCAGUAAUUAUGUCUAGGCCAAUGAUAUUGUUAACCAGCCUGUGGGGUAAAAUAAUGAGUUUUGUUUUUUUAAAGAGGGCUGUAAUUGGGACAUCUUUGGAAACGUAUCUUGGGAUCUCUGUUAUGAGGGUCCUCUUAAUGGCACAACCCAAAAUGGAGCUAGCAAUUACAGCAUAUUCAAUGUUUCAGCAGUCCAAGGUUCAUAUGGAAUCCUCAUUUUCUCUCCAUUUUAGAGACUUCAAGCCUUUUCGUUUUGCAUGGAAGAGAAGAAGGCAUGCAUGCAGUCACUUCCGUGUUAGCACAGAUUUGGACAAAGACCAUCCAAAGAGUGAAGGGGGCGUGGUCUGGAGAAUGACAGGAGGCCUCUUUAACCUGACCAAAGGAGCGGUGGGUGCCACUCUUGGAGGAGUGGCCUGGGUGGGUAGCAAAAGCUUCGAGCUGACCAAAGCGGCCGUGACCAGCGUCCCAGCGGCGGGAGUGGGAUUGGUCAAGGGCAGCGUCUCCGUGGUAACCGGUGGAGUCGGCGCGGUCGGGUCAGCCGUGGCCGGUAAAGUCACGACGAAGAAGAAGGACAAAUCCGAUUAGCAUGGCUGGACGGCUUGCUGCACGUUUACUUCGACAUUUCCGUUACUGUCUGAGCAGGUGUGUGGUCACUUGGUGGGGUGUAAGCAUUACCAAACAGUACAAGACACCGAUCCCUGUUUUUCUGUUUUAUACCGAAGUUGCCCUCUUGCGCCUGACGUUACAAACACUGCUAGUACUACAAAAUAAAAAAAGGGCAAAAAGGGGCAACUUCUGCGUUUACUGCUGGUCUGUGUCUGAUGAUUGGGCUCUCCUAUACUCUUUAUUUGUCUAAAAAGAAAAUGUUUAUUUGGUUUCUUUACUUUUGCUUUGUGAUAUUAGUGCUGAGGGACACGACUUUUUGAGGAGACAUAAAAUCACAUAUCCCUUAUGAAUUCUAAAUCUAAUCCUUAGAAAGAAGAUCAAAUGUGAAUUUAUGGUGUACGUGUACAUUAGGACCAAACAGUGUGAAUCUGAAGAUGAGUAUUACUGGAUCUCUCUCUCUCUCUCUCUCUCUCUCUCUCUCUCUCUCUCUCUCUCUCUCUCUCUCUCUCCUCUAACCCUCUCUCUCUCUCAAAUCUAAAUCUGACUCUUAAUGACUCUUCUGGGUCAGGAAACCAAAACCCAAACAAAAACAUUCAGAUCCCAAUCCUACAAACCACCCACUAAUCCUAUAAAGUCUCUGAUCAUUUUCUUAAACAACAACAACAACAAAAAUCGGUAUCCAUUUCAGACACAUUUAUUGUCUCGUAUCUUCAUGUCUUUGACCGAAUGAAGGAAUAUCGGGACACUAACGUUUACGGUUCCUAAUUCCCCGCUGAACCACAGGAGACAAAUGCUGUACGAUUGUGAAAAAUUGGGAUAUUUUGCUUUCAGCUUUGCGACGAACGAAUACGAGUCACAGAAUGUCACUUCUAGGCUUUUCAUCAGUCGUGGAUUGAUACGAAAGAGUCAGUCCCGUUCAACAGACAUCUCCAUAUUACUGUAAUUUAUCUAAUCCUUCGUUUUUUUAUUGUUGCGAUCAUGUUACCUCUACCUGCAUAGACUUAGCUAGCCGACUAGCACGGCUGACGGCUGGCUAGCUAAAAAAAAAAAGUCUCGUGAUAUUUUCCUGUUAAAAGUACUUGUACGCAAAGGCGUUCGUAUUAUAGGACCCAGCGAUAAGUACAUCUGCAAGUGUGUCCUACAUACGAUCCUUUCUUUAUAAUUACAACUCCAAAAUUUACAUUCUCACAGUUUUAUGUUCGCGAUCAGGAAUCACACCUUUGACGCUUAUAAUUACCGUCGGUCUAAAAUCUUCAAACAUUUCACUACCGUUACACAAUCAGCCUGCUGCUAGGAACUACUUUUAUCAGGGAUGAAUGAUAAUUAGCUCAGACUGAUGCUUGGAAAUUCCAGAAUAUGAAGAACACAAGCCAAAGCGCAGUGCUAUUUAUUGCUAACGCUUGGAAAGUGCAACGUCACCAUGAAUUUAAACACACACGCACAAUAAAGACCCAGGGAUGCUUUUCAGACUCAAAUAACAUCUUUAUGUAUGACAAGGGAGCUCCACAGCUCAUAACCAAAAUGCUACCCAACGACUUUCUGCCUUUUGGUUUCAUCCCCCAGAGACGUUAUGAGGAGAGGAGAAAGAUUCAAGCACUCUUUUAUAUUCCAUAUCCUGCAUUAAUGCAACGACGCGGCUUUUUUUUUUUUUUUAGUCUCGGCUUUUCAACCCCCCGCAAAGACCGACGUCUUACCUGUCGAUAGUCGAUCCGUCUAAUCCCAUUACCGUUACGGUUUGGGGGAUUAUUUUAGUUCAUUUCUGAUGGAUGUGAUUCAUAACCUGAAGUAAAAAAUCUAGAUGUAUUCGGUGUAGCCUGUUUUUUAAAGAGGUUGCCAGUUAUUUAUAUUUGCACAAAUAAUUGCUAGACUCCUAAUGUAAAAAGUUAUGAGCUGUUAACAAGUCAACAGCCUCAGCAAACAACCACUGCUGGGUUCUAACACAAGUCCCGUAACCCUCACCUGUCCUUGUCUCGGGUUUGAUGGAUUAAAGUGUCAAAAAGUAAGCAUGAGAGCAACGAACCGUAGUAGCCGAAAUCUUUCGUUACGGGUCAACAUGCGGAUCUACGACUUUCUAGACCAUCGAUUUGUAAUUCAUUAAAUUGCCCCUGCGUUCGUCUGCUAUUACUUCUAACAGGAAACGACCUCAUUCUACAUCCCAAGAACCGCUCAACAACGUCACGUCAUGAAUAUUGUGUCAGGUUUUAUCAGCUAAUUCUGUCCUGGCACGUUUACAGGACACCACACUGACGCUGUUUCGCUGUAACUCUAGACCAUGUUUAAUUCGGGAGAGAAAUUUGUUUUGGGAAUCUUAGCUGUUUUAUUUUGGGCUUCAUUAAGCAUCCUAUAGAAGUGUAAGAGAAAUCAGGUAGAGCAUGUGGUGUGAGAUGUAGUUACAGGAUGUAGAACGGUGAGAGUUUUAAAGCUACAAGUUCAACAGCAAUCCAUUUUCCUGUAUUUUCUCCCGUCUACUGCAGUCUUUUUUCUUUCUUUCUUUCUUUUUUCUUUUUUUUUUCUUUCUUUUAUCUCUCAGCUACGUGUGUGCUUUUCUUUUCUAUUCUUAUUUCCGUCUGCACAGUUCCUAGCCGGUCAUGCCGUGUCGCAUGCUCCUUCCUGUUCAUGUCUCCUCUUUAUCCGUCCCCAUGAUUGUAAUGAGUGACCUGUUUGUGUCGGAGGCUCUGUUACUCGAAACUGAACUGUAGAAAAGUCGAUUCUUUUGUCUAUUAUAGAACUAUUUUUGCUAAAUUGAUGCUGUAUUCUACAAUUAAAAGCAAUUCUGUAUUUUA